UCAUUCAAAUUGGUUAUAUUGCUCAUACUGAUACUCUCAAUGCCAGUUUCUUUUUCACUGACACUAGACAGAUUUCGGAGUGCACCUGACUUGAGAAUAUAUAGAACCCUUGGUGUAUUUGACCGACAUAUGAAGUUCUUAGUUCCUUUAGUCAGAUCAACAGGCUUUUUAAUUUACGGAUAUCAAACGUAUGACAUUUCGCUCACAAAAAUUUUAGCUUUCUCAAAUAACUUGGUAUUUGCCAUUUUGGAGUUCUUUCAUUGUAACACUUUGAGUUGAAUAACCCCAGAACGUUUACUAACCAAACUGUUCAAUGAAUUUAGAGGCUUUUCUAGAGACUUGGUAACUGAACUUGACUAUGGCUUCCAGCAACUUAUGGCUAUGUAUGCGAAGAAAUAACUUGGGGUGAUUAACAAAAUCAUUGCAACCCAAGGAUUAAGUGCUUUUACAGAUAAAUCAGACUGCAUACGCAUGAGGAUUGGCCAAUAUUUUAUACCAACUUUUCAAGGAAAUGAUACUUCCCAGUGCUCUGAGUUUGACGAUGUUAUCAUAAGUUUGUCCGAACAGCCAGUUGAUCCAAGAAUAGAUUUAUCCCCUCUUGUGUGUUAUUUUAUAAUAUUAGCAGUUCUUGUUGGAGCUAGUUAUUACUUUUUCCUGCUUGUCCUAAAAGAAUGGCAGAUAACGGAUAAAUUGUAUCGUUCCAGUAAGUCAGAAGCAACUCAAAAUGAAGUAUUGAUCGAAGCCUCACAGAAUAUAAAUCCCUCUUCGGAAGAAAUCAGAGGAGUGUCUGGAAUAGUACCUAGUGAUCUUCCCUCUAACAGGAAUUCUUCUUUGAUAGAUCACCAACUGAUUAAAGAAUUUUAAGAGAGUUUCAGAUUUCCUUCCUAUUGAUUAUCUCAGUAAACUAAUUUUGU